AUGAAGCCUCGCGACGAUUUCUCUCGGAUGAUCUUCAUCUCAGCCGUUCUGUCCCUUGGGAUCGUCGUUCAAGUCGCCGUGGGAUAUCCUGUGUCGGUGAUGGAACCAUCUGACUCGGGAAUACGGAACUGCGCAAAUCUCUGGACCAGUCUUUUGGCGACCGAAGAUGAUACCAUUGUCGAACGUCAACUGAAGUUCGAGUUCCCAGUAGACGCUGACGAUUGGUUCGUCCAACUGACCUUCGAUUCUCCGAUUUUGGAAGUUGAAUUGGACAAGGAUGACGGUUCGGGUCUGGCUUAUCGUUACAACUACAAUCCCGACAAGAGGAGCGUUUUCGUCAGCCCCGACAGAUGUUGCAACACCGUGGCUCGCGGAGAACGAUUCCACGCCGUCAUUCGCUGGCCCGGGACAGGAAACACGGGUCCAACUGAGCAAUCCAUCGUCAUUGUCGAAGCGUCGCUCAACAUCGCCGCAGGGGCAAAGUUCCUCAAGUACGACUUGUGUCAGUCCGAGCUCAUCCCGGAAGCAAGCAACGAUGGUUUUGCUGCUAUCGCCGACGAAAUUGUUGCUGCAAAUGACGAGAAAAUUCAUCAAAUUGGAGACGAAAUCGAAAUGUCCCCAUCAGCAAUUACCACGGGCCAACUUGGCACAAUUCGGAAUGAAGCCAGCAAACUAAACCUGUAUCCACCAGAAGUGCACCAAGACGAGCUUCCGUUGAACGAAGGCGAGCUUUCCGUUGCCCAGUCUGGAAGAAGCAGUAAUUCUGGAGCUUCAGGAAACGUCGAACCGUCUUUCAUCGCGAACCACGAACAUGAUCAAGUUGACACAAACAAGAAUGGAUCGACAGCGGAGGAAGCUGGUAUGAAGCAAGAAGAAAUAUCCGAGGAAAUGGUCAGCGACGCUGGGAAACUGGAAACGGAUGCUUUCAAGCCUAAGCCUCCAUCUCGUACUGUUGGCAAGAACACAGAGUCGUCAUCGAUCGUCGAAAAUGAGCAACCAAUCGACCAUGGUUUCGAACACCCAGAAUCCUUUCAAGAGGGAGGCUAUGAUGGAAGCCAUCAAGUACACGAUCAGCAACAACGUGAAUCGGAAGACCAAAAAUCUCACGACGGAGAAAAAAGCGAAACGUUAUCCCAAGAAGAAAAUUCGAAACAACAGCAGCCUCUUAUGCAUCUUAUGCAUCUGCCUCACGAUUCGUCUCAAAUGUCGCCGGAUUUGAAAGACCACCUCGCAAGCAUCGAUACCGAAGUCAAACCCUCAGCAAUCCCGUCAUCGAAAAACCCGUUGAUCCCUCGUCAGACUUCGGGACAGACCAGGCCAUUUUUCGACGACAGUGACGUUGCAGUCAAUGACGAACCCCCGCGUACAUUUUCUGACGACAUCCCGGGGACCAGGCCAUUUUUCGACGACAGUGACGUUGCAGUCAAUGACGAACCCCCGCGUACAUUUUCUGACGACAUCCCGGGGGUAUCGGUGGAUCGUGAACACGGCUCGGGCUUGAUUGAUGGUGACCAAGAGCCUUUCGUCGUUUACGGAGAACAAGACCGAAACCCCGAAGAUGUCGUUUACGGAGAACAAGACCGAAACCCCGAAGAUGAUGAUCAAAUUAAAAACGUGUCAUCAUCUCUGACCAGCAAUCAACGUGAACCAAGCAGCAGCAGCAUCAGCAGUAAAGCAAAUUCGGCGAACAAGAAACCGGGAUCCUCACCUCCUCCUUUUGCAGUCGACGAAUCCGGAGACACCAUCCCUAGCACAGUCGACGAAGAAAAACAAAUGAUACAAGCUUCAAACGUGAAAAGUAAACCCGAGAAUCCCGGUGGGAAAAACCAAAAUACCGAUGCAUCGACGUCGACGCAUUUCCACGAUUUUGAAAACGGCGGUCAAAUUCAUGUCGCUGGAGUCCAGCCAAAGCCCGGGAACCAUUUCAACGCUAAAGGCGACAAAAUCAAACCUGGAUCGAAUGCUUCAAAGCCUUCUUCGUCGAACGUCGGGCAGGAUUCGCAGAAAGUACAAAAAGAACCCGCCGAGACGUUGAAGAAUUCAUCGUCGUUCCCAGCAGAGGAAGAAGAAGACGGAACACAUGCUUUAGAGCCGACGGGAAUGAAAACAGACGAUUUCAAAGGAUCCUCUUCUCAAACGGAAUCCGGGUUCAAACCCAUGAAAGUGAACAACGGGGAACGACCCAGCGGUGACCAGGAGCCUUUCGUCGUUUACGGAGAACAAGACCGAAACCCAGAAGAUGAUGACCAAAUUAAAAACGUGUCAUCGUCUCUGACCAGCAAUCAACGUGAACCAAGCAGCAGCAGCAUCAGCAGUAAAGCAAAUUCGGCGAACAAGAAACCGGGAUCCUCACCUCGUCCUUUUGCAGUCGACGAAUCCGGAGACACCAUCCCUAGCACAGUCGACGAAGAAAAACAAAUGAUACAAGCUUCAAACGUGAAAAGCGACAAAAUCAAACCUGGAUCGAAUGCUUCAAAGCCUUCUUCGUCGAACGUCGGGCAGGAUUCGCAGAAAGUACAAAAAGAACCCGCCGAGACGUUGAAGAAUUCAUCGUCGUUCCCAGCAGAGGAAGAAGAAGACGGAACACAUGCUUUAGAGCCGACGGGAAUGAAAACAGACGAUUUCAAAGGAUCCCCUUCUCAAACGGAAUCCGGGUUCAAACCCAUGAAAGUGAACAGCGGGGAACGACCCAGCGGUGAUUUCAAACAAACCCACGUGAAUCAAAGACCUAAUGCCUCGUCGAAUAUUCAUCAUCAUCAUGACGCUGAACUCGAUCCUGUUAUUGCGAAGAAACCAACGAUCAAUGUGUCCUUGAACGAUGCGAGCGAAAAUUCGGGGCAAUUUCAGGAAAAUCCUGAAAGAAAUCCGUCUCAGGCAUCCGUUGAUGUGAGCACCGCGUUUCGCCCUUCGCGUCCGCCUGUUGUUCCAUCAAGACCUGAUGCAAUUGACACAAUGGUAAGUAAAAAGAAUGCUUCAAAGGUGUCACAAAUGAGCCAAGAAACUGAGACUGGAUUCAGCGCUGAGAAUCCCUUUGGACAUCUGUGCUACGAGUUGCGACGACUAGACUUGCAGGGCCUGCUGCUUAGAAGCUUUCUGCUGCUUAGCCAUGUAGUAAGCCACCUAAACAGAAGUGAGCUGCUGAGCGCUCUUUUAGUCCAUAUUAAACCCCAUCAUCAUCAAGAUGAAGAAGUAGCUUCUGCUGCUGGUGUAGAGGGAUUCCUGGAGGAAGAUACCAAGAUGAUCAAGGGAAGCAAGAAUGGUUCUGGGCCUCAUCAGGAGACAACGACAGCAGUGGUUGAAGACAUGCUGUUGGAAGAAGCGGAAGUCCUGAAUGAAAAGAACGAAUCAAAGCCGAAUGGAUCCAAGCCUCGACCGAUAGGUGACGCUCCAUUGAAGCCGCAUUUUGAAGGAAUGAGUAAUCAAACUGUCAAUACCGCGCAUCCGCCGCUAGGUGGCAGUCAUCAAACACAUCAGCAAGCUCACGGGCAUCCGGAUGACUAUCGGGACGACGUCUAUGAUCAUAGAGAUGAUCCUCAACAACCGCACGAGUAUCCAGAUACGGACAACACGCAUCUUGAAGCCAUACCAAGUCCCAUCCUACUGCCAGGAUCUUCAGAGGACGAAACC